CACACGUUAUCUACGCGCAGCAGUGGUAUUCCGAUCCGAUCCCGAGUGAGGUGUGCAGCUGUGACUUUUAAGUACAACGCGGCGAGAGCAUGGCGGUGAGCCUCCUGUCCCACGUCGUCUCCGACCUCUGCAUCGGCAGGCCCAGGGUGCUCACGCUGCCGCCGUCCACUCCCGUCGCGGUCGCGCUCGCCAAGCUCCGCGCCGGAGCCGACCCCUUCGUCUUCGUGGACGCUGAACCGGCCUCCCGCGCGAAGAGGGGAGCAGCCACGGUGUACGUGAAGGUCAGCGUCGCGGACAUCCUCUGCUACGUCUGCAGCGACACGGGAAACCUGACGGACCCCGCGGCCGCGCUCGCCCGGCCCGUGUCUGCAAUCGCGGCCGCGGUUGGUGGCGACCACGGCAGCGUCGCCCGCCGAGUGGACCCUCAGACAAGCCUGCUUGACGCCAUUGACGUGUUGCUGGCCGACGGCUGUCAAGGUCUGCUCGUUUCUCUGCACACGCGCACCCGCAGGAAGCAUCACUAUGUUCCCUCCUCCGAUGCCGCCGCGGCAGCCGACUGCUGCGUGUUGACGCGAGAGGACAUCGUUCGUCACCUGUUCGGCUCCAUCUCCCACUUCUCCCACAUCGCCUUUCUCACCGUCGCCUCCCUCGGCCUCGUCCGACGCGACGUGCACGCUGUCCACGUCGACGACGACGGGCUCGACGUGAUCCCCCUCCUGCGGAGAGCCAUCUCGGACGGCACGGCCGUGGCCGUCGUCGCCGACGACAACGCGUUGAUCGGUGAGAUCUGCCCCGGCGUGCUCGGCUCGUGUGACGUCCAGUCGGUCUUCGCUGCCCUAGCCGCGCUCUCUGCUGGCAACGUCAUGACGUACAUUUACUGCUCUCUAUCGCACACACCACCGGAGUUCUUGCUUUGCGCCAUCAGAGCCCGACUCAAGGACAGAGGUCUCGAAGCCAUGGCCGAGCUCAUGGACACUGGGGACGCCGCCUCUCUGCCUUUGUCCCCGUCGUCGACAUCGUCCGACGAGGACUCGCCGAUCGGAUGCGCACGGCGGCCAAGUAGGGUGUCUUCGGGGAGCUUCGGGUGGCGGUCGACGGAAGACGUGGUGGCAUGCCAUGCCAUGAGCUCGCUGGUGGCCGUCAUGGCCCAGGCGCUCGCGCACCGAGUCGGAUACGUUUGGGUCGUCGACGAGGCCAGCGGCGCGCUCGUCGGAGUCGUGAGAUUUGCCGAUGUGCUUGCGGUGCUCCGGGAGCAAAUCCGCCCCCAGGUGCUAUGCAGGUGAACAGCGAUCUGCUUAUCAGCAACUCGGAGUAUGUUCAGCUAGGUAGUGUUUGGUUCACCGUACCAGGCCGGAUGGAAUCGCCUCAUCCAAGUUUUUAGUCUUGUUGUGUGUUUGGUUGGUGGCUCAGACGGACAGGGCCCGUUCUACUCGCUCCGAACGAGGUCACGUAAGUGUGUGUCCGUGAUUUUUAUUUAA